AUGACUGAAAUUCGGUACCAAAUUGAAUGCUCACCUACGAAUGAUAACGUGUCGGAAUUCCUUCAUACGGUGCAGCGUGUCCCGAGAACUGUCUUUGAGCGUCUAAAACCAACGAUCGACCAUGCAACAGCGGAAGAAGCAAAGUAUUCGCGGAAAGGCACAAAUUCCGGAUGGGCGCUGAACUUUGCAAUCGGGAUGCAAGUCUUCUUGAGUGCACUCAUCACUGCACUCUCAGCGGUCACGAGCGGACGACGAACACAAAUCAUGACUUCAGUUCUGGGCGGUGCUGGUACAGUCGUCGCCUCUUACCUUGCUCGUGCGCGUGGUUCCAACGAACCAGAGCUCUCGAUAGCACGCACUAAAGAUCUACAACGCUUCGUGCGCGUUUGCGAUGCAUUUGUGCAGGACCACGGGCAAGAGACUGGUUUCGAGGAAAGCGGAGGAAAGGAUGGGAGCAGGGACCUUCGAAGAGCACAUGCACUAGAUGAAAGGAUUAGGGAGCUGCGAAUUGAAUUAGAGCACUUGCUUGGGAAUGGGGAUGGGUAA